CACUUCAGCUCAAUCACAGCAAUGGAGGAUUAUUAUGAUAUUUUGGAAUAUCCGAUGAAAGUAAGUUCUUUGGUCUUCUACUUCCUGACCUUGAUCCUCGGUGUUCCUGGAAACACAUUUGUUGUGUAUGUUGCUGGAUUGAAGAUGAAGAGGACCGUUAAUACAGUUGGGUUUCUCAAUCUAGCGAUUGUCGACCUCUUGUGUUGUCUCUCCACUCUUUUCUAUGCAACUAGAAGUGUUGUGGAUGAUCACUGGCUGUAUAAAUCCAUCAUGUGCAAGAUUCUCCCCUUCAUUAUGCUCAUCACCAUGUUUGCCAGUGUUUUCACCUUGACCUUGAUUAGUCUGGAUCGGUUUACUCAGGUGAUCACACCGGUUUGGGCUCAAAAUCAUCGCAGUCUGUUAAUUGCACGACUGUCCUGUGUAGCGGCCUGGGUUCUGGCUUCAAUUCUUAGUCUGCCUGACAUGAUGGUAAGAAACACUUACACAGUAAAUGACACAACAUACUGCCCGUAUCAUCUACCUGAUGAAGACAGUUUUAAAAUGUAUGGAAGGUUAAGUGUCAUCAGAUUUGUGUUUUGCUUUUUGGUUCCUCUCAUAUGCAUCACAACAUGCUAUGGAUUCAUCGCACGCAAGUUAGGCAGGAGUCAUUUUCACUCUGGACGAGCGUUUCGCGUCAUGUUGGCUGUAAUCGUGGCCUUUUUUCUGUGCUGGUUGCCGUAUCACACAGUGAAUUUGAUAAUAAUAUACGGAGAGGAAUCAAGUUCUUGGACAGCUUUGGCAGUGAAUCCGUUGACCAUCUCUUUGGCGUAUUUCAACAGCUGUCUGAACCCCAUUCUGUAUGUUUUCAUGGGGCAGGAUUUUAAGAGCAAUGUUAAACUUUCUCUAAGACGUGUUUUUGAAAGAGUUUUCUCUGAUGAAGGAACACAGAUGUCACAAACCACCCAGUCACUGCAAAUGCAGUCAGUGUAGUGAAGAUAUCAACUCAUUCAUUUAAAGUUUAAGUAAUUUUUCUAUGCCAAACAAUGCUGUUUCAAACAAGAUUUGUUCCACUUGCUUUUAAUAU